AUGAAAGCGAUUCCGGAAAAUCCGCAUGGCCCGACACCCGGUAAAGCGAGCAACCGAACCAGCUUGACAAGCGUAAACACCGCCAGGGGCAUCAAAGACAUCUAUGCCGAAGCGUCGUCGGCCACAUCGGACGGCGAAGCCCGCAGCAGCUCCGUCGACGCCCGGCGCGGAGCAACGGGAUCGUCGCCCGUGGAACGCACAGCAGAUCCGGCGACGUUUGCAGUGGAGGAGGUGACAUCACCGACAGCAGAACCUCCGCGACUGCAGCGGCGACGGCGAGAUCAGCAAGAGGACAGCGAGGAAGACCUCGAUGGAUGCGAGCAGAAGGCGUCGAGACAGAGCGCCAAAGCAAGUUAUCUGGCCAAAGCUCACUCCGCAGUAAUCGGGUACAACUCUGAUCCACUGUUGCUGCACUUCGUCUACGACCUCUGGCUCUUCACCACCAUCGGAGGAGCCAAGAACAGCGCCGGCACGGGGAACUUGAGAGAAGCCUUGGCCACGAAGCCAUACUCUCCCGAGCUCUGGCGAACCUACCACACCGCGCUGGUGGAUCUGCAACGACAGGUGGGGUGGCCGAGCCUCUUCAUUACCAUCGCUCCCUACGAGUGGUCGUUCCCGUACCAUCAGUGGCUGCAAGACGAGCUGAACAAAUCUCUCCUAGCCAGGCUCGAGAUGCCAGUAGCAGAGACCUUGCAUCUGGCCCAUGUGCUUACUCAGGCAGUGAAAGGUCUUCUAACCGGAGCGAACGAAGGCCUGCAGGCCAAGCGAGAGCACGUCUUCUGUUCCGGAGAAGGACCCGGCAAAGUUCGGCACUGGGUGGCCAGGUUGGAAUUCCAAGACGGCAAGCGGAAACGGCACGUGCAUCGAACCGGCCAGUUCUACCACGGACGCGGAGCGGUUCACGUGCACAUCCUUCUGUGGCUAUCGGACAUGCAAGCCAUGGAACUGUCCUCGAAGAUCCGCGCCGACAUACCCGGCGAGGGCGAGCCGGAGAUGCGCGAUCUGGUGUUGGGCUCCCAACUGGACUACACCUCAAGCGGCUGGCCGGCACGCGAAGAACCCACCGAGGUAAGCAAGGAAGACCAGCGACUGAAACUGCAUCAUCCUCGCGAAGCUUUCGAAAGAUGCUGUCGGGCAUACGUCUCAGACGUCCUGGCCGCCCUUCGCUGCCACGUAGAUGUCCAAGCAUCGGAUGGUCGCGCGAUGAUUCUGAAGUACUGCGCCAGCGCCUUGUUUGCAAUCCGAGUAAACCGAUUUCAGCAUUUAGUCGUGAUGUCCUCACGGUUUGCUGCACCUCGCCGCGCAGGCUACCUUCCGAAGUUCAGCAGCUCCUUUGCAGCGGAACUACUCAACAACGAAGCCAGCGAUUACUCGCUGGCGCGCCGCGUGCUAGCAGACUACCACCCGCUGCAGCCCGAAAUGGUCAUGCAGCUUGCGAUGCAGCAACACCCGCAGUUCAUCUGCCCAGCCACCGUGCGCAAGUUCGUCGUACCCGUUCCUUGGCAAAAGGAGAUGCCCAAGCUCGUGCAGAACUACAUGACGAGUUCCUGGAGACGUCCCAACAUGAGCCUCUUGGACUUUCUCAGAAAAUCAGGCAACGACGGCCAGAUAUCCCAAAAAUACCGUCGCAUGCACAGCCACCUCAAGAUCGGCAUGCCCCUGAACGAUUGGAUUAAUGUGCACCCGGCCGACGGCAAAAUCCUGGUGGCCGAUAUCCCGUACGCGCACACCAACGAUCGACGCUACGGCCAAUGGUUGCUCUUGAACGUGCCCUUCCGGAAUGUCGACGACCUCUGGCUCGAGAACGCGGAAAAACUGCCAGAGAACCUGAAAUUUCUCGGACUUUGCGUACUCCACCGCCGUCGCUUCUGGCGGGAUCCACAAAAGAUUCGAGCGGAGUUGGAAAAAGAGGCUCGCAGCGAGACGUACAUCCAGAACACGCUGGCCAUGCUGGCGGCCCGCAUCGAGCUGAUCGACGCUUACCUCUCCGGGGAGAUGACAGUGGAGAAGGAGCCGGAGCCUGCAUUGGACGGAGUUGCCAAAGUGGCCAGCGCCAACAUCAAGGUUGCACCGGAGCAAGCGAACGUCAUCCACACCAUCCGCCGACGAGUUCAACAAGCGCUGGAAGCAAAAUGGCCAGAAGACAACCAAGUCGAGUCCUGGGCCAUGUGGUUCGAUCAAACAAUGCCCGCCAACACUGCCACGGUCGUAUUGGGACCGGCCGGCAGCGGAAAGAGCACCGCGGUCGAGAUCGCUUUGGCCGAAGCCGUCAAGGCCGGAGCGCACGUCGGUGUGGCGUGCCCGACGGGCAUGUUGGCUACGCGGUACAGGAGUCGCUAUCCGGAUCUGGACAUCGACACCGUGCACGGCAUGUUCGCAUUGCACAAGGACGAGCUGACGACCGCAGACAUCAUGAAGAUCUACGAUCUCAUCAUCAUCGACGAGAUUGGACAGCUCCCCGUCUGGAUCUUCGAUCGACUGCUUCGGCUCUGGGACGCGGCCGAGCGAAGGCCCGCCAUCGUGUUCGUCGGCGACUUCUGUCAGCUGACCGGCGCGGACGGCACCACGGCAAGAGACAGCCCCAGGUGGGCCCAGAUGAGCAUCUCCACCCUGUUCGAGAUGCGCCGAUGCAAAUGUGCCAAGUUGAAGUGGAAGCUACAACUACUGAGGAACUCAAUACCGAGCGGGGCACAGCUCAAGAAACUCCUCAAAGGCCACCGGGCUAAUGCUCAUGCAGGCCACGCUCACGGCAACGUCGUUACCGCAGACGACGUGGCCCAAGUGUUCAAGGAGAGGCCGAACACCACUUUCGUCACCAUAUCCCGGCGCGGGACCGCCAAGGUGAACCAGCACGCAGUGCGCGCUCUCUUCUCCGAUGCGGACGUCCUUGGACGCAUACCUUGCGAUCCACAGGAGAACUUCGACAACUUCCACGGCACCGCGCAAGUCGCUGCAGAACCAUUCUGGAUGCCCGUCUACGAAGGCAUGCGAGUGACCAUCACCAGAAACACGGACAAAGAGAACGGCUUCGUCAACGGCAUGGGUGCGGUCGUACAGCGCAUGAGACACAGCGGCGUACAGGUCAAGACCGACGAAGGCAAGGUGCUCCUGAUUCAUCCCAUCGCUCAAGAGUGCGCCUUGUGGGAUGGCAGCGUUCAGACCACCACCGCUUUUCCGCUGCGACUGGGCUACAGCACCACCUUGCACAAAAUUCAAGGUGCCACCCUGUCCCACAUCACCAUUUGGAUGGAUGUUCCUUUCGUGAAGGCAGCACUGUAUGUAGCACUCUCGCGGGUACAGUACGACCGCGAUUGGAAGUUCGUAGGAAGCAUCGACCGCC